UUUUUGUCGCUCGUGCAGUGAUGCCACAGUGACAAACGUAGGAGGUUUAUUUACAUACAACUUCCUCCUCUACUACGCCCACACGCCCACGAGAACGCUGAGAUGAUGUUGGUUUACAUCCUGCUAAUCCUGUGUCACGUGACCUGGGGUGACGUCACGACUUCGGCUAGUAACUCCACCGAUGUUCCGACAAAUAUAGAUCAAACAGUUCCGAUGGCGUCGGCAAACACAACCAGCAGCGAGGAAAAGCUGAAUGUGCGAUUACCUAAGUCGCUGAAGCCACUCCACUACUUGCUCAAACUUCAGCCUUUAGUUAACGGGAACUUCAGCACCCUCGGCUACGUGGAGGUGGAGAUGGAGGUCCUGGAGCCGACCUCCCAAAUCAUAUUCCACAUGGCCGACAUCAUCACGAAGAACGACACCGUGAAGGUUACAACUUCAGGAGAAGUGACAAGCCAGAGUAUUGGGAUCAAGAGGCAAGAGUACGACUACAGACGUCACUUCUAUAUCGCCCACCUGGAGGAGGAGUUGCAGAAGGGGAAGAAGUACGUCUUGGCCAUGGAGUUCCUCGGCCUCCUCAACGACCAGCUCCGUGGCUUCUACAGGUCGACUUAUAAGGAUGCCGACGGGAAGACAAGGUACCUGGCCUCAACGCAGUUCUCGCCGACGGACGCCCGCCGCGCCUUCCCCUGCUUCGACGAGCCGGGUUUCAAGGCGACCUUCGAGGUCCACCUGGCGAGGGAGACCUGGAUGACGUCGCUCUCCAACAUGCCCCUUGUCGAGACUGUGCCGAUGGAAGGUCAGGAGAGCUGGGUGUGGGACCGCUACGAGAAGAGCCUCCCCAUGUCUACCUACAUCGUCGCCUUCGUCGUGUUCGACUUCGCACACAUCAACUCUUCUCAGGACGGACUGCAGUUCAGAGUGUGGGCGCGGGAAAAUGCCAUUGGCGACGCGGAAUACGCCAGCAGAAUCAGUCCGAAGAUUCUCAACUUCUUCGAGGAUUACUUCAACAUCUCCUUCCCCCUGCCGAAGCAAGAUACAGUCACUUUGCCGGAGCACCCCUUCAGCGCCAUGGAGAACUGGGGUCUCAUCAUAUACAGAGAAUCUCGUUUCCUGUUCAACCCUAACGUCUCGACCCCAAGCACCAAGGAAGACCUAGCUCUCACAGUGGCUCACGAAUUGGCUCACCAGUGGUUCGGAAAUCUCGUCACGCCCGCCUGGUGGGACGACCUAUGGCUCAAGGAAGGAUUUGCGACCUAUCUUAGUUACGUUGCCAUGGAUUAUGUCGAACCCAGUUGGAAGGUGUUGGAAACCGUCGUCUCCCGAACCCUCCAACCGGUCAUGAACUUGGACAGUUUGGAUUCAUCUCACCAAAUCAGCAUCCCCGUUGGCGACCCGGAUGACAUCAACGAAAUUUUUGAUGCCAUAUCAUAUAGCAAAGGGGCUUCCAUCGUCCGAAUGAUGGCCUACUUCCUUAAUGGCGCCACCUUUGUAAAAGGACUGAAAGACUACCUAAACGAACUAAAGUACAAGAAUGCAGUGCAGGAUGACUUGUGGCAAUACUUGACCGUCGCAGCUCACAAGGAUGGCACUCUACCAGAAGAUUUAAGUGUAAAAGUGAUAAUGGACACCUGGACACUGCAGAAGGGCUAUCCUGUCAUCCAUGUCACGAGAAGUGCUGACGGUACUUCGGCUACCGUCUCUCAGGAGCGAUUCCUUUUAGAAAAGAAUGCGAACUCAAGUGACACACACGUCUACAAUUGGUGGGUUCCACUAACAUACACAUACCAAAGUGAGGCUAACUUUAGUCAGACUCAGGCCAUGGCGUGGAUGAGGGACUCUGGGGAAAACCUCACCAUCACGUCUUUACCUGCCAAAGACCAGUGGGUCAUCUUCAACCUGCAGCAGACGGGCUACUAUCGAGUCAACUACGACGACCACAACUGGAACCUCCUCAUCCAGCAGCUGAAGGACGACCACGAACUUAUCAACGUCGUCAACCGAGGACAGAUCAUCGAUGAUGCAAUGAAUCUUGCUAAAGCUGGUCGCCUAAGCUACGAAACUGCAUUGGGUUUAUACGCAUACCUAUGGAAAGAAAUUGAAUAUUUGCCCUGGUCUGUAGCUGUCGGUGAAUUACAGUACAUAAAUGACAUGUUCAAACGUACUGGAGGGUAUGGUGCCUUGAAGCGCUACAUCUUGGACUUGAUACUGCCACUGUACAAUGCUGUCGGCUUCGAGGACAAUAUCAACGACCCUUAUUUGGUGCAACUAACGAGGGAAAUAGCUGUGAGAUGGGCUUGCAAAAUGGGCCAUAAAGACUGUCUGGAUAAGGUCCUAGACCUUUAUCGGCGAUGGAUGGUGACUCCUGAUGAUACUGGUUUGAUUUCACCCAAUCUCAAGAAUACGGUGUUUUGCCACGCCAUAGCAGAGGGCGGGGAAGCUGAAUGGAAUGCAGCUUGGCGGCAGUACUUGAAGACUGAUGUUCAAGGCGAGAAAAACAAUCUCCUCUCCACCCUUGCUUGCACCAAGCAGGUCUGGCUCUUGAUGAGGUACUUGGAGAUGGCAGUCACUCCGGGCAAGGGCAUCAAGCAGCAGGACGUGGGCCUCGUGAUAGGGAGCGUCAGCAGAAAUGAUGUGGGUCGCUCUUUAGCUUGGGAUUUCCUCAAGCUCCAUUGGAAUAACAUCAUUACCUACAAGAAGAGUAAGAGAGGCGGGAUGUUGAAGGCUGUGACGAGUAGCUUCAAUACGAAACAAGAUCUUGAAAAUCUGGAGGCGUUCUUGAGCAACGACAACACAGACCUGGACGGCAACCAGCGCACGGCCAAGCAGGUGUUGGAGAGAGUCCGGAACAACGUGGCUUGGAUGGACGCCAACUACGACAGCAUCGUUCAGUGGCUUGAGAAGAGCGGUUAUUCUUCUAAGAUUGAAAGUGUCUGAGCUUCGCGAUCUAUGUCGGAGUGACAGUAGUGAUGUAUCCAGCGGUGGUUGUAUUGCACAGGAUCUGAUGUUUGUGUCGUUUUAGUCUUUGAUAACUUACAUUUGAUUGUGUAAUGGUGUUUAAUCUGUGUGUAAGCAAUGUUAUAAAUAUUUGAUUUGAUUUGAAGAAAUUAGUUCGAGAAAUCAAAUGGCAUACUCAAAUGCGAAAUUAUUUUCAUGUCGAAUAGUAAAAAAAUCUUACUACUAGAUAAAGAAAAACAAUAAAUGAUUUUUUAUUUUUUAUCUACUUUUAUUUAUUUAUUUAUAUAUAUAUAUUUUUACCAAGGUGUAUGCAAUAUCUUUACAUGAUAUUAAAACGCAUAUGUAGUAUUGCUUGUAGCAGAAAAAAAAUCCACUCAGUUCUUAGACAAUAAACAUUUCAUUCCUCUG